AUGGAAAUCAAAAAAAUAACAAUAGCAAACAUCAACGACAUUGAAAAUGAAAAAAAUGUAGAUACGCUAAGCAUGAUUACAAAAAAUGAACUGAGAUUAACAAGUAGCCGAAAUGAAAAGGAUACUAAGAUAAAAAAUAUAAGAUUUGAGGAUUCUUCAACAAUGAACGAUGAGCAAAUAAAAGUAAAAGAAGCUGUUUUUAUAUUACAAAAUAUGGAAACUUUUAAUUAUUCUAUUACUUAUACUGAAAUACAAAAUAUACGAAAUGAUUUAAGACUAUUUGCUAUUAACAAUUACAAUGAUAAAAAAUAUUCAGAUUGUUUAAUCCAAGCUAUUCAUUCUUAUAUGAUAGCAAAAAAAUAUUACUCGAAAUAUUUUGGUUUUUAUAUAACUGGUGAUAUGAGUACAGAAUUAAUUUUAAUAUGUAAAUGUUAUGUAUUAAUAGAAAAAUAUGAAGAAGGCAAAAAGUAUUUAAAUGAAUUAAAAUUUUUAAUUGACAAUACAUUAUUAUAUACACACAAAAAAGAAUUGUUAAAUGGCCAACCUACCGAAAUUAAUAAAUCUAAAAAUAUAGAUGCACAUUUUGAAGAACCAUAUAUAGUAUGUGAAAUACAAGUCUUAUCAAAUUUGCUUUAUAUUUUUUCUGAUUUAUUAAGCCAAUAUAAACAAAAUGAAGAAGCAGAAAAUUAUUUUUUAAAAUAUUUAUAUGUUGUAGAAAAAAUUUUUAAUUCUGAUAGUUUAAAUUAUAGUGAUGCAUUAAAUGAUGUAUGCUCUUAUUAUAUUAAAGUAAGACACUAUGAAAAGGCUAUACCUUUAUGUGAACAAAUUUUAAACAUAAGAAAAAAAAUUUUUGGAGAUUACAACUCUGAAACCCCAAAUGAAAUCAUCGCAGAUUGUUAUUGUAAUUUGGGAUUAUUAUUAAGACUUUCUGGAAAUCCUUUAAAUGCUUUACACAAGUAUUUAAUAGCCGUCGAUAUGAGAAUGCGAAUACAUAAAACACGACAAACUAUUCAAGUUCAAAAUAUUUUGUUUUCUUUUGCUAUUAUUAUGCAUCAACUUAAUAACUUUAAAAUAUCACUGCAAUUAUAUAAAGAAGUUUAUAAUUUUUACAAAACAUAUUAUGGUCCUCAAGAUAUUAACACAACAAUUGUUUUAAAAUUAAUUGAAGAUUUAGAAAAUGAUGUUAAAAAAGAAGCUAAUAAAAAUCAAGACCAAAUGCCAAAUAACCAAAAUUUAAACAAUAACAUAAUAAAUAUUAAUGAUAAUAUAAUGGAUAAAAAAACUAACAAUCAUACAUACUGGAAUAAAUUUAAUGAACAAGUGAAAAAUAAUAAUAUUUUAAAUAAAUCUGAUUUAGAUCCUAAUUUAAUUGAAAAUCUUAUGAAUGAAAAGGUUUUAAUUAAACCAACUAAUAUAUCUCAUAAUAAUUUUAUUGAUAAAAGAAAAAUUAUAUCAAGAGAUGGAAAUUUUAAAUAUAACGAUUUAAGUUAUUCAAGCAUUGAUGCAUAUAAACAUAUGAAAUCUAAUAAAGAAUUUGAAAUACUAAAAAGUUCUUAUUUCCCAAUUUCAUCUAUUAAUAGAAUUAAAUCAUUAUAUGGAGAUUCUUGGAGGAAUACAUUAAUUCCUUCUACUUACAUUUUACCCUUUGUUGAAACAAAUUUAGUAGAUAAAAAAUUAAUUAAAUUUUCUGAAUGUAAAAAUUUUCAAAAAGCUAUUAUAUAUAAAAGAAAAGUUUUACCAGUUGUUAAUGUACCAUUAAUAGAAAAAGGUUAUGUGAAAUUAAAUAAGGAUCAACCUAUUAUGGUAUGUAAUGAAGAUGCAAAAACUUUAUUAAAUGAAUGGAAUGUUAAAGAACCUUUUGUAGAUCCAAAGGGAAAUGUAUUUAGUAAAUAUGAAAAUAUGGGUCAAGAAUUUAAUAUGUUUAUACCUAUUUUAGAUGAAAAUAAUCAACUUAUGCUUGGAUUUUAUGAUACACCAUUAUAUGUACCAAAUCCUGCUAUUUAUCAUUGUAUUAUUUUAGAUGAUCCAUAUUAUUUUCAUAGAUAUAAUCGUGAUAAUGAUUUAUAUUUAAUCGAUAAGUUAAAUUUAAAUAAAAAGAAUAAAUAUUCGGUGGCAAAAAAUUCUCGUAUUGUGAGUUCAAACGAAAAUAAGAUUAUUUCUACUAACAAAGAUGAAUUUUUUGAUAAUAAAAGUAAAAGCCGAAGUUCAUCAUCUAAUUUAAAAACUACAAAAUUAAAUACAUCUAUUGUAAGCAAUUCAUCUAUUAAUAUUUUAAAAAAUGACAAACAGGACAUCGAAAUUGCUAGUGAAUUAAAAAACCUUGAAAAGAAAAGUACAUCCAAUGUCAUUUUAAAAGAAAAUAUAAGGAAUGAAAAAUCAGUAAUUGAAAUCAAAAAAACAAAAUCAAAACAAAUCGAUCCAUCAUUAUCACUUAAACAAUUUCAAAAAGAAAAAAAAACUAUACCAUUUAAAACACUCGGGCUAAACAAAGAUAAAAAAGCACAACUAAAAACAAAGAAAUUUAAUAAAAUACAUAUAUUAAAACAAACCAAUGGUAAUAAAUCAUCAGUGUUUUCAAAAAAUAAAUAUAUGCCUAAAAAAAAUAGUAAAUUUAAUAACUUAUUUUUUAGAAGUAACGAAAAAUUAAAAUUAAUCGAUCAUAAUAAUGUAGAUGGUGAUAAUGAUCAAUUAGAGAUCUCUACCAAAGAUAUUAAAUUAAAUAAAGAGCCCGUUUUAAAAUCGUCAAUAGAUUAUAAUAUUAAAAUGGAUAUCGAAAAUAAUAUUAACAAAUUAGAACAAUAUGACAUUGAUAACUUGAAGAGAGAAAUAUAUUAUGAAAACGAUUCAAAAAAAACGAAAAAUACUCAUUCGAAUAAAUUAUCAUUUUUGGAGGAUGAAAGCGAAACUGUUGCUAGUUAUAGGGAAUACAAAAAAGAUAAAUUUAUGAAUUCCACAACAAGAACUGGAAAAAAAAAUAAAAAUUAUAAUGAUAAAAAUCCAAAUAUUAAUGCACGAUAUUCUGAAAACAUUACCAAUAAUAGUAGUAGCGAUAGCAACAGUAAUAUUACAGAAUCAGAAAGCAGUGAUGAUAGUUCUUCAUCUAAUGGAGAUAAAGAUUAUGACAUUGAUUUGCAUAAAAUUUUCAACAAUAACUUAUCAUCUAACGAUUAUUCUAGCAAUGAUUUUAGUUUGGUUUCAGGUAAUCGUGGUAGAUAUAAUAAUGGAGAAGAUAAUUUUUCUAAACACAUAAAAAAUGAUAUAAAUAAUACACACAUUGAAAUAUAUAAUGAAAAAGAAAAAUUAUCUUCUUUUUACAAAAAUAAAAUCGGUGAUAAUAUGAUAAUACGAAAUAAUAAACCUUACAAAAAAUCAAUACAUGAAAAUAAUUAUAAUACAAAAAACAUUAAUAAUCAAUAUGAAUCAAUACCAAAACAAAACAAUAAUGAGAAUAAUAAAAGUCAUAUAAAAGAAACAUUAAACAACAUUAAAAAUGUAAAUAUUAAUGACAUUUUAUUUAAAUUUGACUUAAAUAAAAAUGAUAAUUCAUUAAAAAAUGAAAAUAUUUUAUCUGAUAGUGAUAUAACUGAUGGUGAAGUAUAUGCAGAAUCUUCUGAAAAUAAUACCUACUCAAUUACCGAGCAAACUUUGGAUAAUUCAAACAAUAUUGAUGAACAAAUAGAAAAUAAACAAUCUUCAUCCAUAUCUCGUCAACCAUCCUUGCCAUCUAUGCAUUCAAAUAACACAAAUAUAUUUAAUAAUAAAAGUAAAGAUACUAUAUCAAAUUCUCAAUCGUCUCAAAAUAUAUCCUUUUAUCGUGAAACUAAUAAUAAACUAAAUAAAAAUUAUGAUGAAUUUAUACUAAGUGAAAAUGAAGAAUUUUACAAUCAUAUAAUUAUGGAAGAUUCAAAAAUUGAUGACCAAGCUAUAGAAAUAACAAAUCCCCAGGAAAGUAAUAAUCAUUUGCAUAGCUAUAAACAUAAAGUUAUUAAUGAUUUAAAUAUGGACUCAAAUAUAUAUGAUAAAAAUCAUGAUAAAUAUAAUAUUUUUAAUAAAUUACAAAAAAAAUAUAUUUAUGAACAAAAUAAUAAUCAAGCACAUUUUGAUCAACCACUCAUAAAUAGUAAUAUUCAAAGAAACACACAAAAAACAAAAAAUACUGAUGAUAAAAGUAAUAAUAGUUCUGUUGUUUGUGAUGUUGAUAAUACUAUUGAUGCAGAUACAGAUGUUUUAUUCUUAAGAAAUAAUUCAAUAGAAGAAUUGGAUUCAAAUUUAAUAACUAAUAAGUAUGAAUCAAUUUCUAUGAUUGAUGAAAAUAAAAGUGACUAUGCCGAAAAUAAAAGUGAUUAUGUCGAAAAUAAAAGUGAUUAUGUCGAAAAUAAAAGCAUUAAUAUACCGAUGGAUGGUAUAAAUAUUGAAAAUACACGCGAAAAUAAAAAUAAUAAAAUUUCAUCAAAUCGUUUUACUCAAUUAGAUAACGAAUUCGAUACGAUAUUUUCUAGUAAUGAUAUUUCAUACCAUGAUAAAAAAACAAAUAUAAACAGUGUGCAUAAUAAUAAAAAUAAUUUAAUAACUGAAAAAAAGAAGAAAAAAGUAGAAUCUUAUAAGAAUAUAGCCAAUAAUACAAAAAAUAAUCGUAGUAUAAAUAACAGUUUAAUGGAAUGCGAUAUAUCUUAUUUUUCAAAUUCUAAUGGUACUAACCAAAUUAAAAAAGAGGAAACCCCUAAAAAGAAAAGCAAUCAUAUCGAUAGUAACUAUUUUAAUAGUGAUAAUAAUUAUGAUUAUAAAAAUGAGGAAAGGGGGGGAAAAAAAAAAAACGAUGUACCAAAGGGUAAAAGAAACAAAAUUUUAAAUAUGUUUUCAUUUUUUUUAAAAAAUAAAAAAGAACGCUAUAAUAAAAGAAAAAAAAACAAAAUAAUAAAUAAUUCUGAAUGUGUUAUAGAUGACACUCAUAAUCAAAUUAAUAGACAUGAUAAAGAUGCGUCGUUGUUAAAUAGUUUUUCUAAUAACGUUUUAAUAACAAAUAUAAACGGUCAUAAAUUAAAUGGAUCCUAUAAUACUGUUUUAAAAGAUCAUUAUGUACUAUCAAAAAAAAAUAAAAAUAAAUUAGUAACUGAAUCAAUUCAUGGUAUGCAGAAACCGAGAUUAAAUAUAAAAUCUAAAUUUUUAGCUUUGAAAAAAAUAAAUACCUCCAAAAAUGAGUUGAUUAAUAAAAAUAACUCUAUUGAAAAAAAUAAUGACGAAAAAUAUGGAAAAAAAAUUCAUCUCAUCAUGAAAAAUCCAUCACAGAAUUAUGAAAAGGGAGAUAAUGAUGGUUCAAGUGUAAAAGAAAAAAAUGUUAAAGGAAAAUUUGUUAAAGGAAAACAUGUUAAAGAAAAACAUGUUAAGGAACAAAAUGUUAAGGAAGAAAAUGUUAAAGAACAAAAUGAUAAAGAACAAAAUGAUAAAGAAAAACUUGAAAAAGAACAAAAUGAUAAAGAAAAACUUGAAAAAGAACAAAAUGAUAAAGAAAAACUUGAAAAAGAAAAACUUGAAAAAGUGCAAGAUUCAGAUACAAAAAAAGAUGACACAUCGCAAUCUGAAGAAUCUGACAUUAAAAAAAUUGAAAAAGAUACGCAAAAUGAAGAGAAAAGUUCAAUAUCCUCCAAAAAUACACCUACUUUGGUAAAAAAUAAUAAUACAGUAGUUACUCUGAAAAAAUUAGUGAUAAAAAAAAUAGUUCCAAAAAUUCCAUUAAACAAAGCCAGUAAGGAAAAUGAAAAUACUGUUCCAAAUGCGCCAAAAAGUAGCCAAAAUGGUGCCCCAUCUACUACUAAUACUAGUGAUAAAAAUCAACAAACAAAAGUAAUAAAACAAAUAAAUGAUGUAUUGCCAUUUGAUAUAUUACGAAAAGUGAAAUAUUGUAAAAUUGGAUCUGAACCAGAUGAUAUUUUCGGUACUUUACCAACUGUGCAUUUAUUAAAUGACGAAAAAACUGUUUUAGCAAUUGUACCUUGGCAAUUAGAUUUAACUUCCUUCUCUUUAGCUAAAUCUUCUAUCGAAGAAGAAACAAUUAAGAAAAUUGGUUUACUUCAUAAAGAAUUGGAAGUUUCUAUUGAUGAUAGGAAAAAAUUGAUAGAAAAAGAAACAAAACUUUUAACAGGAGAAGGAUUAAAAGAAUUAGGGCUCACAACAAAUUCUACAGAUGCAAUGCCUUCUAUACCAGGUUUAAAUCUUUUAUCUGGCAUUGAUUUAGAAAUGCUAAAAAAAUCAUAUAAAAUUGAAAAAACUGAGGUUACAGAAAAUCAAAAAUCAGUAGAAAAGGCAAAAAGUGCUUCAAUAAAAAAGGAAGCACCAAAAACGACACCAAAAACAACACCAAAAGGAAAAGGAGGAAAAAAAGGAGCUCCAAAAUUUAUGAAAGGGCCUCCAAAAGGCGCCCAAGGUGGGGCUGUUGUUGGAAAAAGUAAAUUUAGUAUUAAAAAAAAUCAAGCAAAGGAUGAUGGAAAAACAAAAAGAUUUUUCUGGGAAGCUUUAUUUGAAAAUGAUAUACCAGGAACACUAUUUGAAGAUAAAAAAAAUUUAAUAACCAAAAUUGAAAUAGAAAAAGAAAGCGUUGAAAAAUGUUUCACAAAAAUUGUUGCUAAAAAAGAAGGUGGAACCGAGUUAAAAAUUAAAAAACCAAAAGUUAUACAAUUAUUGCCAGAUUCAAAAAGAGAAUAUAAUAUGUCCAUUGCUUUAUCGAAAUUUAAUAAUUACACAUUUAAAGAAAUAAGAGAUGCAAUUAUGAAUUUAAAUCCGAGUAUACUUAAUAUAGAUAAUACAGAAGUAUUAAUGCAAUAUGUACCAACACCAGAAGAAUUUGAAAUUGUUAAAGAAUACAUUUGCUCUAAUGGUGAUUUAAAUUUAGUUGAUAAACCUGAACAAUAUAUAGCAGCAUUAACAGGGGUACCUUUAUUAAAACAAAGAUUAGAAUCUCACUAUUUUGCUUUAGCAUUUAAAGAAAAUUAUGAAAAUACUUUAAAUCCAUUAGAAAAUAUAUUAGAAUCAUGUGAAGCAAUAAAAGGAUCAACAAAACUUUUUACUAUUUUAUUUACCAUCUUAAAUGUAGGUAAUACAUUAAAUUAUGGUGAUCCACAAAGAGGUAAUGCUUUCGGAUUUAAAUUAACAACAUUAGCUAAAUUAAAUGAUAUAAGAUCAAGUACUAAACCUGUUAAAACACUUAUGCAAUAUAUAUGUGAAGUUAUUUAUGAAAAAAGCCCAGAAACAUUGCAAAUCAUUGAUGAAUUAAGAUGUAUUGAAAAUGUAGUCAGAACAGAUAAACAAAUAAUUGAUUCCCUUUUACAAAAAUUAAAAAUGGGUUCGACAAAAAUUAAAAAUGUUAUAGAAUUGGCUAAAAAAAAUCCAGAAGAUCCAUUAUAUGAUGCACUUAAUGAAUUUUAUUAUAGUGUAGAACCAAAAAUUGAAGAACUCGACCAAUUUUAUAAUCAAACACUUUCGGUAUUCAAAGAUAUUGCAUUAUAUUUAGGUUAUAAAGAAAAAGAAGUAGCUAAUGUACAAAUACAAGAUUUGUUUAAAGAACUUUGGAAAUUUGUUCAAUCUGUUGAAUUUAAUAGAAAAACAAUUAAUGAAAAUGCUUUAAAAGAACUUAAGAAAAAAGAAAAACAAUUGGAAAAUGAAAAAAAAGGAGCAGUUCUCAGCAAAAAGCAAAACUUUACUAUAGUUAAAAAAACUCAAAAGGCCCCAGCUGAAGAUACUGAAAAGAAAUCUUUCAAAAUAUUUUAA